GAAGGAGCGAGGGCUUCGAGGGCUAGAAAAGGUGUCUGGAGGUGGCUUUGUGCUCAGUCCAGAGAAGCCGGCCCUCGGGUGAGGUCCGCAGCACGUGGAGGCCCUGGCGGCCCGGAGGGGUGUGUGGGAGGAGCUCGCGGCCCAGGGAGCCCAGCACCGCCCCCAGGAGGCACCCGCGAAGUCCUGUGGCCGUCGGGCCGGUCCUUGGCCCCGCCCCUCCCCUUAAAGGAACCCCGGGCUGGGGGGCGGGGCGCGGCUGACGAGCGAGCCUGGUGUCCGGUCUCCUGCUGCCGCCCCGGCGGCCUGACUGGCUGGAGCCGAGCCCCCGCCCGCCCGCCCGCCCGCAGUCAGGCUUCCGAGGAGCGGCGCCUCCCUGCGAGUUCAGCCGGCGCGCGGCGCGGAAGCCAGUGGAGCGGACAACCUGCCGCGGUCAAGGUCCCACCGAGGAAAAGGGGCAGGAGGAGGCCUGGCUUCCAUCCCCAUCCACAAGGCGUCACCAGCCCCCACCGUGAAUCCCGGGUGUGCGCGCAGCCCAAGCUUUCUAGAGUUUCUAGAGUCGGGGAGAGAGCCUUGUCCUGGAGCCUAGCUUCGGGCGCAACCCUGACUGCCUAUCACCCCGCUGGGCCUGUUUCCUGGGGAGCCGGCAGGAGGCGAGUUUGGGGCCCGAAGAUGGGAGGGCGGGGCAGGGUUUGUGCUUGGCAGGUGGGCGGAUCUGUGCUCGGCAGGUGGGCGGGGCUGUGCUCGGCAGGUGGGCUGUAGGAAGGGAGUUAGUGGGACCUCAGCUCGAGCCUGGCCAGGCAAAAGCCAGAGUGUCCAUGGGGCCUCGGGCAGGAGGAGGCCUAUGCGGGCGCCGUCCUGCCAUUCAGCGGCCACUCAGCGAGGCGGGUGGCCUGGGGAGAUGAGGUUGCCGAGGGGUCCUGGUCUGAGGUGGGGUGGGCCUUGGCAGGGGUGGAAAUCCAUGCUCACGUCCAAACCUUAGUCAGCCUAGUCCAGCCCCAUGGCCACUCACACCUAGAGAUCUGGCAGGUGCCGGGCUGGCGGUUUUUACCUCCUUGGCUGAGGUGGGUUUGCCCAGGACCUCAGAAGUUCAGCCUGUGAGGGUCGAGCCAUGUCCGAGUUGGGGCCUCUUGGUCGGUCUCAGCACGGGGGCCUGGGUCGGGUCAGUUCUCUGCCUUCGGAGCAGCCUGGGACCCCGCAUGUCUUCAUCUAAAGACGACGCCGGGCGCAUGGGUUGGGGGCUGCGCUGGGCGGGGCUGUGACUCCCAGGCUGCGGAAUGUUUGCUCUCCUCCUGCCCAUGAUCUGCAGAGGCUGGGCGUCCUCGCAGGGAGCCGGGCGGCCACGGACCAAAGUGCUGAUCCUCCCCAGAGAGAUGGGAAGGCGGGGCGGCCGGUUUCCCUGAGGUCGCCCUGGUGCCCCUCUUCAGAGGAGGCAGCCCUGAUCCGUUGGACUGGACCUAGCCAGGGAGCAGUCCCCCAGCCGCAGCCGCCGGGGCGAGGAGCGGUGACAGCGCAGGAGCUCCAGGGGGGAAGGGAGGAAGGAGGAGAGACAAAGGGAGCGAGCCUGGCACUGCCUCCCUGCGCCGCCCACCAUGUGUCAGUCAGAGGCGCGGCGAGGACCGGAGCUCCGCGCGGCAAAAUGGUUAUACUUCCCCCAGCUGGCCCUGAGGCGAAGGCUGGGACAGCUGAGCUGCAUGUCCAAACCCGCCCUGAAACUGCGCUCCUGGCCCCUGACGGUCCUCUACUACCUCCUGCCCCUUGGCGCCCUCAGGCCACUCAGCCGGGUGGGAUGGAGACCCGUGAGCAGGGUGGCCCUGUACAAGUCGGUGCCAACGCGCUUGCUGUCGCGGGCUUGGGGCCGCCUCAACCAAGUGGAGCUGCCGCACUGGUUGCGCAGGCCCGUCUACAGCCUGUACAUCUGGACUUUCGGGGUUAACAUGAAGGAGGCCGCCGUGGAGGACCUGCACCACUACCGGAACCUCAGCGAGUUCUUCCGGCGCAAGCUGAAGCCACAGGCCCGGCCCGUGUGCGGCCUGCACAGCGUGAUCAGCCCAUCGGAUGGGAAGAUCCUCAACUUCGGGCAGGUGAAGAACUGCGAGGUGGAGCAGGUGAAGGGGGUCACCUACUCGCUGGAGUCGUUCCUGGGCCCUCGCAUCCCCGUGGAGGACCUGCCCUUCCCACCAGCCACCUCCUGUGGCUCCUUCAGGAGCCAGCUGGUCACCCGAGAAGGGAAUGAGCUCUACCACUGCGUCAUCUACCUGGCCCCCGGGGACUACCACUGCUUCCAUUCCCCCACUGACUGGACUGUCUCCCACCGGCGCCACUUCCCAGGCUCCCUGAUGUCCGUGAACCCCGGCAUGGCCCGCUGGAUCAAAGAGCUCUUCUGCCACAAUGAGCGGGUAGUCCUGACUGGGGACUGGAAACACGGCUUCUUCUCACUGACGGCUGUGGGGGCCACCAACGUGGGCUCCAUCCGCAUCUACUUUGACCAGGACCUGCACACAAACAGCCCACGGUACAGCAAGGGCUCCUACAAUGACUUCAGCUUCGUGACGCACACCAACAAGGAGGGCAUCCCCAUGCGCAAGGGCGAGCACCUGGGCGAGUUCAACCUGGGCUCCACCAUUGUGCUCAUCUUCGAGGCCCCCAAGGACUUCAACUUCAAGCUGAAAGCGGGACAGAAAAUCCGAUUUGGGGAGGCUCUGGGCUCUCUCUAGAGCCUCUUUCAUGGCCACAGCUGCUGAGGGGUCUUUUCCACAGAAAUGUGAGGGUCUUUUCAAGGGGAACCUCUGAGGCUAUCUAGGGAGGGGACCGUCGGGUCUGACCAGGCAGGACCUGGGUGACUUCUGUCCCUGCUGUCCAGGGUGCAGACAAGGUUGUCAGAGCCCCUCUCAUGUCCUAGACCUACAUCUUCCCCCUACCCACCUGAAGAGAAAAGUGCAGGCCAGGACGACUGAUUCCCUCUUGGAGAUUUUCUAAUGUGUUGUAUAAACUGGAGAGACCCUACGUUGCCUGGCAGAGCAUUCAGUUGGUCUGAUUUCCGUUUUAAGAUAAGUGGUAAAGUACCUUCUUGCUGCUCCUCCUAUCAAUCACUGCUUUUUGGCCUCCCUUGCAUGGGGUGAGGUGCCUCCUGGCACUGACUGUGGGUCCCAGACCAGGGCCCUUAAUGCAGCUGCUCCCAAAUUCGCCCCACCCUGCUUGUUGGGAAAAGCUGUCUUCUCUCUUUGCACUUGUGGCUGAAUGCAUCACCUCCAACUCUGCCAUCAACUUCUGAGGGUGGUCACUAAUGGCUCGGUGCAUUGCAGGCCCCGAUGAGUGACCUUCCGGAGCUGGCAGGUCCUCUUUCCAGUAGGCAGGACCCAUUACCAAACCCCCUCAGUGGUGUCCAAAGCAAAAGGGGCAGGCAGCUAGCUGGUGGUGGCCCAGCUGGGGCCAGGGGAGAGCUUGGGUCCCCUCCCUGUAUCCAGACCUACGUAAAUUACAGAAAAGUUGCUGCUGUUGAUCAGGGGCUUACGUCGUCGGAGGCAGAGGAACCUUGGUGGUGUAUUUGAUGUGUGGGGGAGGGGAGAAUGUCAGUGCCUAGAAAACCCGUCCCCCAGGCAACAGGUACGCAGUCCUUAGGGAGCCACUGAUUGUGGGGACAGGGCCAGAUUUCAUGUUUCCUGGGGAUGCUGUGAAUUUCUCCUGCAGGAGAAGCCAUUUGAACUUUUUCAACUGUAUCAGUAGCACAGUAUUUUUGUAUGAAAAGUGGGAGACUUCUGAACAGAACAGUAAUUCAUUUAAUUGCAACAUUUUGAAAUAAAAAAACUCACUGCA